AUGAACAUCGACGAAAAAGUCCACCCCUCAGGGGCCCAGCACUACUCUGGUGCCAACCGUGUCCCUAACAUCCAGCAAUUUGUUGAGAGCCUCGACCGCGACAAGAAGCACCGCGAUGCUCAGAUCGACGCCGAAAGCAGGCAGCAGCCGCACCAGCAGCAGCCACAAGAUGGUGAAGCCAAGGACCACGUGCCCGCCCAAAAGACGGGCAAGAACCGGCGCACCGUCCGGGAUCCAGUCACGCACAAGGAUGUCGAGAUCGAGGACAUCUCGGACGAGCACAUGAAGGCCGUCGCCUCGCCCGUCAUGACGGUGCCCAACGCCAACCUGGGCAAGCACACCACUAAACAGACGUCGCCGUCGCAGUCGGGUGAGGAGUACCGCGUCGCCCAGGACGAGACGGCGCCGCCUGACCCGGUCGCCGAGGGAGCCACUUCCGACGUGCCCAUCCACGGCGAAAAGACCAACGUCCUCUUCCACCCGACCCCGUCCGUCUCGUACGAGCCCAUGUUUGCGACCGUCGAGGCCCGCGCUAAUGUACUCUGCACGGCCGUAUUCUUGUCUGUCGUGAUUCUCGGCAAGGUGCUAGGCGGCGGUAGUCUCUGGACGCUAAUCCCUCUCGCAGCCUGCGUUGCGUCGGGCGUGUUUCUGUGGGCCAAGGAUCUGAUCAGCCAGGGCCGCGCAAUGGAGUGGUCGAGUGAGCAGAAGAGGGGCGAAACGGCGGUGGUGAACCUCAUACCGGAGUCGGUCGAGUGGCUGAACACGGCGUUGGGUUUGAUAUGGGGGCUCAUUAAUCCGGACAUGUUCGCUGCUGUCGCAGAUACCCUUGAGGAUGUCAUGCAGGCAAGUCUGCCCCGUGUGAUCGAGCAUGUCAAGGUGAACGACAUCUCGCAGGGGAGCAACCCGCUCCGAGUGCUAAGUCUGCGGGCACUGCCGGACGGCCAUGUGGAGGAUCUGAAAAAUGAGAUUCGCAAGAGGGAUGAGAAGGUCAAGGAUCCUCAGGAGCUGGCGGCCGAGCAGGAAGGAGGCGAUUUCUACAACCUCGAGGCCACCAUCGCGUAUCAUUCAUUACCGUCCUCGGGCGACGUCUCCUCCAAGGCCAAGAAUAUGGGCAUGCACUUGAUCUUCUAUCUCGGAGUCAAGGGCCUGUUCGGCGUUCCCUUCCCCAUCUGGGUCGAGUUAAACAGGCUUGUUGCCACGGCUAGGUUCCGCAUCGCCUUGGCGCCGAACCCACCCUUCAUCAAGACCAUCAGUUUCACCCUGAUGGGCCUACCAAAGGUGGAGGCGAGCUGCAUCCCGCUGAUCGAAAAGGGAGCCAACAUACUCAACCUCCCACUCAUCUCCAACUUCGUCAAUUGGGCCAUCGCAACCACGGCAAACAUGUACGUCGCUCCCAAGUCGAUGACGCUCGACGUCGGCAAAAUGCUGCAGGGGGACGACAUCCAGAAGGACACCAACGCGCUUGGCGUGCUGUACAUCCGCAUUCACAAAGCGACGGGCCUCAGCAAGCAGGAUCGCCGGGGCAGCGAGGGUGGUGGCUCCGACCCCUACAUCUGUGUCUCCUUCUCCAAAUUUGGCAAGCCUCAGUACUGCACGCGCGUCAUCCAGGACGACCUCAACCCCAUCUUUGAGGAGGCUUGCGCGCUGCCCAUCACCGCCGAGGUCAUCAAGGCCGACGAGCAGCUGUCGCUCGAACUGUGGGACAGUGACCGGUCGUCGGCCGAUGACAUGGUUGGCAAGGUUGAGCUGAGCAUUCAGAAGCUGAUCCAACACCCUGGCAAGAUGUUCCCCCAGGUAUCCCAGCUGAAGGGCGUCAAAGCCGAGAGCACCAUGCCUGGCGAGCUGCAUUGGGAGGUUGGCUUCUUCGGCAAAACGCAGUUCCGGCGUGCGCUGCGCACUGACGGGCAGAACCCGAACUUGCCCAAAGAACUCCGGGACAAGAAGGAGCUGCAAGACGACAAGGGUAGCAUUGACACAGCCGAGGAGGACGCUGUUGUGCACACACCACCCGACCCGCUCUGGCCGAGCGGCAUUCUUAGCGUCGUGGUGCACCAGAUCGUCAACCUCGAGCUUGAGAACGUCAAGGGCUCGCGCGGAGGCAAGCGCAAGAACGGCAGAGAGUACGAACCGGCGCGGCCCGAGGCCGGUGAGAUCACCGAGGAGGAAGGAAAGAAGCUGCCGAGCGCCUACUGCACCAUCUUGAUCAACGAUGAGCUCGCGUACAAGACGCGCACAAAGGUGGUUUCGUCGAAGCCGAUCUUCGAGGCUGGCACCGAGCGCUUCGUGCGCGACUGGCGGUCGUGCAUUGUAACAGUUACCGUCCGCGACUCGCGCAACCGGCAGCACGACCCCAUCAUCGGCGUCGUCCCUCUGCGCCUCUCCGACAUCCUCCAGACCAGCAGCCAGGUUACGCGUUGGUACCCGCUCGAUGGCGGCGUUGGAUUUGGCCGCAUUCGCAUCAGCCUGCUCUUCCGGUCGGUCGAGCUGCGCCUGCCACCCACCCAGCUCGGCUUCGGCGAGAUCGGCACCUUCGAGUUCCUGUCCGACACCAUCACCACGACCGGCUACUGCCCGAGCGAGCACACCAAAUUGCGGUUCCGCACAGGCGGUAGCUCGGCCAAGAUACGAGGCAACGUCUGCCACAAGACCGAAGACGGCACCGGUCUCUCCUGGGACUUGACCGCCCUCUCCCGCCACAAGAAGCCCCGGUCCCAGACUGACUCAAAUUCCCACCACCAGGAAUCCAACAACUCCAACACCGUGACCCCUCAUUUCCGCCUGCCAGUCCGCUACCGCUACCGUUCCCCAAUCUUCAUAGAGUUCCAUCCGCCCAAAAGCAGGGCCAACCCCCGACAUAACAAGACGGACAUCUUCGCGUCGCUCUGGCUGCAGGACAUCCCGGACAGCGUCGAGCAAGAGAUCGAUCUGCCCAUUUGGCGGUGCUCGAAUGGCAUGCGGCUGGCGCAGAACUACAUCACAGAGGCUAACGUGUCUUCGGUGCCGGACCUGCAAGUGACGGAGGUCGGGCGGCUGCGUUUCCACGCCCGUUUUAAGCCCGGUACGGACCGGGAUCACCUACGGUUUGUGUCCGACAAUGACUCCCGGGAAACGAUCGAGACGUGGGAGGCCUGCUUUGCCGAAGGCGUCCGCGGCGAGUCCGUCCAUGGCGAGGUCCCCCCAACCGUGGAGAAGCUCCAUGAGGCGAGCUUGCUUCAGGGGAGGGAUGUGCUGGCCAUGGCUGGGGAGGAGGAGAAGAAAAGAUGGUUGAAGGAUGUGGACGGAGAACAGACGAAGAAGCGAAAUGAAGAGCGGCAUGAGAGGCGGCAUGAAAUGCAGGACGGGGUGGAGAACGGCCAAGUGGACGGGGAAGAGGAGAGUACCAGUGAGGAGAGCGAUGAAGAUGAAGAUGAGGGGGAGGAAGAGGAGGUCGACUUGGGCAUUGACGAUGCCAUCCACCACCGGGACAGGAUCCAAACCAACGAGGAUGAGGGCCAGGAUGACGGCCAUGAUGGAAGGCCGAAAGAGGGCGGGCAUGAAGGCGACGGCUCGCGCAAGUCGGUCGACAGCGGGGCCACGGGGGCCAGUGCGAGCAAGUCGAGCAGCAGCAAGAACCCCAUCAAGCAAUACAACGAGUAUCGCAGUCGGAGCAGGGAUUUGCAUCGCAAGCAGCGAGGCCUGAUGCAGUGGAAACCGAUGCGCAAUAUCCAGUUCGCCAAGGACGAGGCGCUUUAUGCCGUAAGGAAGAGGUUUGAGCGUGUGGGAAGGCUGGUCAUCAUCUGGGUGACCGUGUUCAUCCUGGUCGCGUGGAUGACAUGGUACGUUUCGACGCGCCACCGUGAGCGGGCCGCGCCGUAUGUCAAGGAGUUCUUGCGUCCGGGGACAGGGUUUCAGCAACAGCAACAGCAACAGCAACAGCAAUAG